CAGUGUAGCGCGAGAUACGUCCGAGCGAAGAACGGCACGCGAAUAUUCGCAUAUAAGAAAUACAUACACGGCACAUAACAUAACGCAAUAAUGACGGGAAGCGUAACGUGGCCGGUUAUCGCGGCUACCGUGCAUCCCAACAUCGGCGGCUGGUUGGGAAAUUUCCUCAUCACCAGGAGGAAUCUCAAGCCCUGGUACCAGUCACUUAAAAAGCCAAGUUGGACACCACCCAACUGGGCUUUUGGCCCAGCAUGGACAACUGUAUAUUGUUCAAUGGGAUACGCUUCUCACUUGGUCUUGCGUGACAGUGGGAGCUGGGAAAAUGCUGCACUGCCAUUGUCAGUGUACGGUGCAAAUUUGGCUCUGAACUGGGCGUGGACUCCAAUUUUCUUUGGAGCACAUAAAAUCAAAUGGGCUCUGUAUGAAAUCAUUGCUCUUUGGGGAACAACCGCUGCAAUGGGUGUACUAUUUUACAGAGUAAAUACAACAGCUGGAUUAUUAAUCCUCCCUUAUUUAGCCUGGAAUACACUUGCAGUAGCCCUCAAUUACGCUGUUUGGAGAGACAACGAAAAGGAUAAUUCCGUUCCUGCGGUUGAGGAUAAAAAACAAUAGGUUACUAAAGUACUAGGUUUCUUACAAAAAGGUAUACUUAGAUUAAUGUUAUUGUUAAGCAUCAUUACGUUAUAUAUUCUAUGAAAAUUGCUUAGUCGUGUGCACUAUUUGUACAACAACUUAUUUUAAUAAAAAGAAUUUUGCACGUUAAAA